AUGCCGUCCAUCGCCGUACUCCGGCCGGGCGGCCUCUACGGCCCAAGCUUCAGUUUUGCCCGAGCAACAGACCCCGAUCAGCUUUCACCACAGUCUCGCACCACCUCCUCGGCAACUUCCUCUGAUUCAGACGACGAUCCGGGUCCAGAUAGUCUUCCGCCAUCCAUGCAGCCGUCGCCGUCGCCGUCACAAUCGGCGUUCCCACCAUCAGCUCGCCCGGGACGCAUUGUGACAAAUCCCAACCUCAUUAUUGAGGAGAUGAGCGACGGCAGCGAUAAUGAUAAUGACAACGCCGGUGUUCCUGUAAUCUAUCCGGAUGCUAUUGAGUACGCCGAAUCGGAACGAAGUCGGUCUCGGUCCCGACGUCAUCGAGAGGUUGAUGAAAGCGUCAUGUACAACCUCGGACAACUGAACUGCAGUGACGAUUCAGACUCAACCGACAUGGAAGAGGCCGAGCACCGCGAGAUCCUGAGGCGGCAGCGAGAGGAGCGGAGACGCAAGCGGAUGACGUCGGGCAGCAUUGGCAAGCGGACCUUCAGCGAGAGCAUCGGAAGCGACUCAGACCGCGAUGACCCUAGAGACUGCAAACGGUUCUUCAGUGCGGAUGAUUUUGGGUCCUCCGGCGCACGCCGUAUCUACCGGAGAGUCGGUGACCGCCGCCGCAGCAGCGUGCAAGUCUCGGAUCCGCUGCCGCCGCCGAGGAUCGACGAGAUCGAGGAGCCAGAUUCGAGCAAUGAGGAGAUUCUCGGUGAUCAAUCGAUGCGGUCUAGGGAACACCCCCACUAUGAAUGCGUCAUGGAGAUUGAUUCGCCUUGAUCGAUGGAGUAACGACAGAAUUCUUGUUUGUGGGCUUGGACAGACAGCGGUUCUCGGUCACAACACCUCAUGACAUGCAUCAACUGAAGACUGCUUUGACGACUAGAUGACAACAACGAACUAAUGAACAUGGUAUAGAGAGAAGCACUUGGCAGUUAUGGAUACCCGUAUAGACACGAGUGAUGAUGAUGACCAUGAAGAUAAUACACCAAAACAAAAAAAAGAAUAGGAGGCAAAGUUUGGGGCUGUUCGCUUUCCCAUGAGCAGUACAAAAUGGACAAGGACAAAUGAUCAACUUCAUACA